AAAGGAAUGUUCUUUCCGGGAAGGUGAAAUUUUGCUUAUACGACCCACAUUCGAACCUGUGCUUAAAAGAAGUUGCAGACAUAAUCGAUAUCUGCGACCACGUGGAUCAAGGAUGUCCGCUGAAAAAAGGAGGCAUUUACAAGUAUAAUAGCUCGUUCUUCGCACCUGAUGUUUUGAUUAUGGGAGAAGGGAUCUACAAGCUAUACGACGAGGAAUGCAACGUGCUUGCAUGCGUUGAAUACUAUGGGGAGAUUCGCUCAAAGAAUAAGGUCAUACCGCAAAAACUGUUCACUGACGACAGCUAUCCAUGUGGAGGCAAAUGACUAAAGACCGAUAUGUGGUUACUUUUGCAUGGUUUGCCUACAGUUACUCAGAGACAUAAGUUGCAACCUUUUAACAAAUAAAU